UUCGUUUUAAUCCAUUCUGAACUCUUUUUUCUUGACAUAAUACUCUGCUUUAAUUAUACGUACGAUUUUCGCUUGUGAACUAAAAACACAAUAAUACUGCGCUUUAAUUUUUUAACCAGCUGAAAUUUUACAAAUAAGCACUCACUUUCUGAGAGUUUACUGGUCGAAUUAGAUUCAUUUUUUUCUUGCUGAUGUACGCAACAUUUGUUAUAUUAAAUCUAUUUAUUCAAUACAACUCAUGAGAAAUCUAACUUAUGAUAAAGUAUUUUAUUUAUAGAUUUUGGUAACUUGUAUCGCGAUCCAACUAAACUAAACUAUAAAGGGUAUUUAACUGGCGCGUUGACCAACCGGUCUGCCGAUGAGUUUAUUUAGAUACGACAGCCCAUAAAAUACUUUACGGGAAUGUCGCUAACGCAGAGACGAUACCCCAAGGCGCGCGUGGGGUCAACUUUCCUUGUCGGCCGGAUUAGUGGCUGUGAGCCCUUCGGGCUUAUAGUGAGCCCCACGCGCUAAUUCUUGGACCCACCCACCCCAUCCGUGUUCUCCUAUUAUACGAUUUACGCGUUACGAGUGGGUGCAGUUAACAAGCUACGUUCCACGCAACUGAACACACAAUGUGAGAGUCGAAAUUAAUUGAAAGUAUUUCUUGGUUAGGAUACAUCAAUGUAUGAAUAGUAAUGAGUCAUACUCCUGUAGUUUUGACUCGGAAAAUAUAAAAUUACAAGAUUAUUACUAUAUAUCUAUAGUGGUAUAUAUAUAUGUAUAUAAAAUAGAAGAUGGGUACAAAAAAUAAAAAAUAUGAAGGUAGGGCCCACGGGGAUCGUACCCAGCCUAGGAGUACCCAAUUAUAUGCGUGGUCGGGUCGUCUUUGGCGCCGUUGGACUUUUCUCCAAUUUGGACAUACGAGAAGAAAUUCGAAAUUUAAGAUGCUGUUUAGGAAAGGUCCUCUCAAAUUGUGGUCCUCUCAAACCACAACGGCUGACUGACUUCAUGUCGAUCAUCGAUCGAAUGACAAUGAUCGGUUAUCGUGGUCGAUAUGGUUUAGCGUUUAGUUUGCUAUAGAUUCGAUUCGGAGAAGAAUUUCAUGAGUUUUUUUUUUGUGGACGGAAUACAUUAUUAUUGAUAAUUUCUGAAUCUUCCCUCAACUAACUUGAGUUGCUUAGAAAUUUGUAUUAAGCAUAUCAUUCCACUGCAUUGAGGAUCUCUUACAUACUACAAUCAGAGACGCAAGCAGGAUUUGAACUAAGGGAGAGUCAUUUACGUCUGCACUUCCUAUAAGAAUGUAAACUUUUCGAAUUAGCAAGUUAAUAGUAGUAAUUUAUCGCAAAAAAAUUAAAGGACUGCAUGUAAAUUUUUUUAGAACGUCAAAUUUUUAGCAUAAUAACUACCUUUUUUAGCUCCUCCUGAUCCAUCGGUAAACUAACAUGAGUCGGUGGGGUACACGAGCGCUUAAGAGCACCGUCUUCUCGAAACCAUAUGAUAGUCCAAUAUUUUUACUAACAAAUAAGAGCGUCCUGCACAAAUAAGCGCCCGAAAUAAAUACAGUAUUUGUUGAUAAUUAUGUCUUGAAUUUUGACCUCAUUUUGUUUCAUAUUUUGUCGAAUCGAAUAUCUAUUUUUUAGUUAGGUAAUAUCUUGAGAAUAUUGCAUUGUUAUUAUAGGGAAUAUUACGUUGAGAGAAAAUCUGGAUAUAUAUAUAUAUAUAUCGAGAGCUUUGAUGUAAAGUGCAAGAAAAACGUUUAGAGGGUAAGAGUAUUCGUGAAAUGGGAUAUCCCUUCGAAGGUUAAGGUUCUUGGUUUAUAGUUAGCCAUUGUGCAUGUGAGGAAUGCAUUUGUAUUGUACUCCAUGCAUGAUUAUUUCUCAAUGAGAAGUCAUAGCUGACCUUCCUUUACCCAUAAAUAUUUCAUUCAAAUGAUUUACCAUGUAUAGUUUGUGCAUAAAUUCUUUUACCUUCCACAUUAUCUUCAUUGAUCGUUGAGUCGAUUUCGAACAAUAUUUGUAACCCAUCUAUAACUGUGAUUGGUACAACACACCAUCGAUGAUAAGUUGUAAGGACCAUGUCUUCGGAGGAUCGUUUCUUGAUCAUCUUUUUUUUUUUUUAAAUGUACAAGUUCUAGUCGCUUCUAAAUGAACCAAAAACUCGUACUUUUCAUAAACCAUUAUGUAUAUGUCCUCUUCCUCACGUCAUUUUCGGCAGUGAGGAUCGAUCGAGACUCGAUAAUAUACCCCAAGCCCUCUUUUACCUGCCAAACUGUAAUAUCAAUAAGAAUAAGAUAUGGCUGGGACGCUGGGACAUGAUUUAGCGAAACGACCGUGACGCCACCAGCAAGGGACCAACCGGUCCCGCGGACGCUCCGGCAUGCCCCCGCUCGACUUCCGUUCAGUUCCCGCGCCCCAAUUAAUAAUUAUUUUCAUUUUAUGGACGAUCAAUAAACAAUUCCUUCAUCGUUGAGGAAUCGAGAGCACUGAUAAAAGUCCACUUUUCCACUCCGUUAGUUGGUGGCUGGUCAUUCAUUUCUUCUUCCUCGUCAGCGGGAGCCCUUCUCCUCUGGACUUUCACCAUGAGGCAGAGGUCAAGGCGGCAGUCUGAGAGGAGUUGGGCUGAAAUAUGUUGUUUCGGUUGCUCCUGCCUGCAGCUGUUCUGGGCUCGGGUAGUCAUGCGGAAAUGGCUCAAUAUUAGCGCCAAAGACUCCGAUUACAGCGCUGACACUGACGAGGAUGACGUGACGGACUCCGAAUCCGAAUCCGAUACUGAAGAAUGUGAGCAAAAUGGAAGAGAAUCACGGUUCAAGAAUGAUCCUAAUGCCACUAUUCCAAUGUUAAGAAGAAGAAAGUCAGAGACCUUCAGAGCACAGUACAUAAACACAAAAGAGCUCAAAAUAUGUGUUGGGACAUGGAAUGUUGGAGGAAAGCUUCCCCCAGAUGAUCUAGUUAUUGAUGACUGGCUUGGGAUCGCCGAGCCCGCUGACAUAUAUGUGCUUGGUUUUCAGGAGAUAGUGCCAUUAAAUGCCGGGAACAUUUUUGGGGCUGAAGACAACCGCCCUGUCCCGAAAUGGGAGAACAUUAUUCGCGAGACCCUGAACCGAGUCCAGCCCCCCAAGGCAAAAGUCAAAAGCUAUAGUGAUCCUCCUUCUCCAUCGAGGUUUCAGCCUUCAGAGGACAUCCCAAACAUAGUAGAGGAGACCUUGCUCGAGGCUGACAGUGACUGUGAUGAGGAGAUUCAUCCCGCUGACGAAGAGCCUGACAGUUUAGAUGAAGAUCAAACAGUCAUAAUCGAAAGUGACAAUGGAAGUCUUCAUAGUUCAGAGAAUAAGUUUGGGGAACCGGACUUGCAGAGACAAUUCUUGUCACCAAAGAAAUUAGACCGAUUAAAUUGUCUUAGGACUGAAGACAAUGCUGAGAACAUAGCAGUUCCAGUUGGCCCAUGCAAUGGAAAAUUAACAAGACUGCUUAGUGUGUCCGAGCGGGUGGGUCUAAGCUGGCCUGAACCUCCAUUGAACCUCAUAUCUCAGUGUCCCCUUGAUCGAACAAGUUCCUUUAAGUCUGUCAAAUCAGUCAAAGCAUCAAGAUCUUUCAGGACAUUUAACUCCUUUAAAUCAUCAGCCAAUGAAGUGCCACCGGAUUUAUCUUUGCUUGCUGAGAUCGACCUUGGAUCCCUGUUGAGACGGAGGAGAAGGCCGCAUUAUGUAAGGAUAAUUAGUAAGCAAAUGGUGGGGAUAUUCCUCACUAUAUGGGUCCGAAGCAGCCUGAGAAGGCGUAUUCAGAAUGUCAGAGUCUCGACUGUUGGUGUCGGAGUAAUGGGCUAUAUCGGUAACAAGGGAUCAAUAUCUGUUAGCAUGUCCAUAGAUCAGACGCCUUUCUGCUUUAUUUGCACCCACCUGACAUCGGGAGAGAAGGACGGGGAUGAGCUCAAAAGGAAUGCUGAUGUGCACGAGAUACAUCGAAGGACUCUAUUCCGAUCAAUUUCAGGCGUCAAGCUUCCUAUAACCAUUCUCGGCCACGACAAGAUUAUUUGGUUGGGUGAUCUGAACUACCGGAUCAAUUUGUCUUACGAGAAAGCGCGGGAGCUUAUCUCCAAAAAGGAGUGGUCAAAGUUGACUGAGAGAGAACAGCUCUCGAGAGAGCUGAGGAAAGGCCGUACUUUUGAUGGAUGGUCUGAGGGCCUUUUGAAUUUUCCACCUACAUACAAGUACGAAUUCAACUCGGAAAAGUACUAUGGGGAGGAUCCGAAGAUCGGGCGACGCACUCCAGCAUGGUGCGAUCGGAUUCUUUCACGCGGAAAGGGAAUGAGGCAACUGAGCUACAGGAGAGCUGAGCUGAAGCUAUCUGAUCAUCGACCCGUGAGUGCCACUUACAUGGCCGAGGUUGAGGUAUUCAACCCGAAGAAGCUCCAACGCGCCCUCACCUUCACUAAUGCAGAGAUCGAGAACGAGGACAUUAUGACAGCUAUCGGGAUAAACUCUGGAAUUUGUGGCUUCGGAGUGGACGGAGAGGGCAUUUCCGAUUCAGUCGUCAGAAGCUAAUGCAAAAUUUAGUUCAUGAGGCAGAGAGGCUGUAAAUAUAUAUGAGCUCCCCACAACCUUCCGGACUUCUUCAUUCAUUUGAUUCCGUAACCGGCAUUCAUUCUGUUCUUCAUCAUAUUUCCACCUAUGUGCAUAUUGCUGUUUGAGGGUGUAAAUCGACCGGGUUUUAUAGGUAUCUGUGAUAAGUUCCGGGUUUUUAUAGGUUUUUGUGAUAAGCUCUUAGCAAGUUUGUUGCAUGGUAUUGUCGAGCAAUGCAUGGCAUAGCUGGAUAAGAGGUUUCAGUGCGAAAAUAAUCCCCUUGUAUGUAAUUUUAUUUCCAUAUUUUGGAGAAAUUGCAUGAUGGCUACAUUUCUCCAUGUAUUAUGCAGUCUUAAUCAGUUGAUUGUUUCUAUUAAAUCCAAUCAAUGAAUGAUGCUUGAAGCUA